CGGCCUCCCCGCCCCGUGGCAGCUCGCAGUGUUUAGCUGCCCGGGCUUUGUGCGUUUCUGGGGCUCAGGUGCACCGGAGCUCGGCUACCCGAAGCCGGGAGGAGCUCCGCUGUCACCGCGCCCGCAUAGCUGGGCGUCGGCGGUCAGCACCCGAGUGGAUCCUGCCCUGUCCGCGCGGUCUCCAGACAUGGACGCUGUACCGCUCUGGUCGCCGCUGUCAUUGCUGAUACUGCUGCUACUGUCAGUGGCCAGUGCCUCAGAAGCGGAACACCGCCUGUUCCAGUACCUGUUCGAAGAUUACAACGAGAUCAUUCGGCCUGUGGCGAACGUGUCCCAUCCCGUUGUCAUCCAGUUUGAGGUGUCCAUGUCUCAGCUGGUGAAGGUGGAUGAAGUAAACCAGAUCAUGGAGACCAACCUGUGGCUGAAGCAAAUCUGGAAUGACUACAAGCUGAAAUGGAAGCCCUCUGACUACCAAGGGGUGGAGUUCAUACGCGUCCCCGCGGAGAAGAUCUGGAAACCAGACAUCGUGCUUUAUAACAACGCUGACGGGGAUUUCCAGGUUGGUGAUAAGACCAAAGCUCUACUCAAGUACACGGGAGAAGUGACUUGGAUCCCUCCAGCCAUCUUUAAGAGCUCAUGCAAAAUCGAUGUGACCUACUUCCCAUUUGACUACCAAAACUGCACCAUGAAGUUCGGCACCUGGUCCUAUGACAAGGCAAAGGUCGACCUGGUCCUCAUUGGCUCCUCCAUGAACCUCAAGGACUACUGGGAAAGCGGCGAGUGGGCCAUCAUCAAAGCCCCGGGCUACAAACACGAGAUCAAGUACAACUGCUGUGAGGAGAUCUACCAAGACAUCACCUACUCGCUGUACAUCCGCCGCCUGCCGCUGUUUUACACCAUCAACCUCAUCAUCCCCUGCCUGCUCAUCUCCUUCCUCACGGUGCUCGUCUUCUACCUGCCCUCUGACUGUGGCGAGAAGGUGACGCUCUGCAUCUCCGUGCUCCUCUCCCUGACCGUCUUCCUCCUAGUGAUCACCGAGACCAUCCCUUCCACCUCGCUUGUCAUCCCCCUGAUGGGGGAGUACCUCCUCUUCACGAUGAUCUUUGUCACCUUGUCCAUCGUCAUCACGGUCUUCGUGCUCAACGUGCACUACAGGACUCCGACCACCCACACGAUGCCCACGUGGGUCAAGGCCGUGUUCCUAAACCUGCUCCCCAGGGUCAUGUUCAUGACUCGGCCAACCGGCAGCGAGGGAGAUGCUCAGAAGCCAAGGGCCUUCUACAGUGCUGAGCUCUCAAACCUGAACUGCUUCAGCCGCACAGACUCCAAAAGCUGCAAGGAAGGCUACCCAUGCCAAGACGGGGCAUGCAGCUACUGCCACCACCGGAGGGUGAAGAUCUCAAAUUUCAAUGCUAAUCUCACGAGAAGCUCCAGUUCUGAGUCUGUCGAUGCGAUGCUGUCCCUCUCUGCUCUGUCACCAGAAAUGAAAGAGGCCAUCCAAAGUGUGAAGUAUAUCGCUGAAAACAUGAAAGCUCAGAAUGUAGCCAAAGAGAUUCAAGAUGACUGGAAGUAUGUUGCCAUGGUGAUUGACCGUAUCUUUCUCUGGGUUUUCAUCCUGGUGUGCAUAUUAGGGACAGCAGGAUUAUUUCUACAGCCCUUGAUGGCCAGAGAUGACACAUAAAUCGUGAUUGGUGUUCCCCGAGGCUUGCGGGUGCUGAUGCUGGGCACCGUCUCCAUAGCACCACACUUUACCCAGUCACCAGCUUUGGGUUUGCUAUCUCAAGGGUUAGUUACUCAACUCAUCUUGAUUUUUGGCAAAAAGAAAAAAAACAAUGUAGAAGAAAAAUGUCUAGUUAUUUACUAUGGAUAAAUGAACACUUAACUAGCCUUGCUGGUAGAACAUGGCAGAAGACUCCUUUUCUUGUGGUUGAAAAUUAACUAGAUAGAAAAUCUUCCCAUUCACAAAUACUAAAUCCACUAGCUCAGUAUCUCUCUAGAUUUGCUCAUUUUUUUAGCCCAUAGUCUCCUUGAAAUUGUAGGCUAUUUCAGCAGGGCCCACACCGAUUCCUGUUUAUUACUGUCUCUCCAAGCCCAAGGGCUGGUCUUCCGUUUCAGUGUUUGUGUUGCUGUUAAACUGCACAGUAUUGCACCCCGAGGAUCGCACCCGCUCUCACCCUCAUUUGCUAAUAGGCUACCCCCAUCUAUUCAAGUUGCUAAUUUAGGAGAGCAUCCUGUAGAGCCCUGCAUGACUUUAAUCUCAGCACUCAGGCGGCAGAGACAGAGGCAGGUGGAUCUCUGUGAGAUUUGAGUUUUGAGGCCAGCCUGGUCUAGACAGUGAGUUCCCAGCUAGCAAGGGCUGCAUAGUGAAUGCUAUCUCAAAACAACACAAAUCCCACAAACUGGACAACUUAGACACAAAGAUUUUUCUCACAGUUUAGGAGCCUGAGAAGUCUAAGACCAAGGCUCCAGGAAGACUGUCUCGUGAUGGAGGAAGGUCAUUGGUUGAUUAAAUAAAGAAGCUGCUUGCCAUGAUAGGUUAGAACAGAACUCUGGGAGGAAGAGGAAGUGAGCU